AUUCGCGAGAAUAGUUUUUUUUGUGGUGCUGCUGCUUUUAAUUUGAUUUUUCUUUGAGUGCUUUCAACGCUGAAUAAUAUUUUAUGUACAACAUUGUGUAUGUAAUGGUCGUACAACAAAGCCAUUCAUACAUUCACACAACCAAGGGUACAUACGAUAUCGUCAAUGCAUAUUACUUUGUGAUUCAACAUACAAAAAAAGAGUACGAAGAAAAGCCAUAGCAGUGAAGAGAAAAAAGUGGUAUUUAUUCAAAAUCCGAAUUAAUACAAAUUAAAUUCGAAAAUCUGGUCAAUUACUAAGCAAAACAAAUCAACAAAAACAUCAUCAUAAGUAGCAGCAGCAGCAGCAACAGCAACAGCAAUAACAAAUCAAGACAAGAUUAUUGUGAUUUGUUUAUCAGUCAGAUUCAGAGUAAUAUAAACACAAAAUAUGAUUAGAAACUUUGCAAAGUCUCUGUAACCUGGCAAGUGAAUAAAUGUUAAGUUUGUCAAGAAAUACAAUAGCAAAAAUACCAACGACAUAACGAAAGAGAUAGAUGACAUAAAAAAGAGAAAGAUUCGUGGACAUUUUGUUAGUAGAGAGUGUAUUGAAAAUUCCUGUCGUUUCAUUCAUUUUGUUGUAAACUCUCUUUUUUCCCUACUUUGCUUGUGCUAUGUGCCACACACUAUUGAUGCACUCGACGAAGGUUUUCUAUUGAGUUGUAAUGUCAAAUUUGGUUCAGAGUGCUUUUUUCCCCAUUCAUUCACUCGCUGAUUCAGUUUCAAAUGGUAUGGAAUCAAAAUUUAUGGAUUUAGUUUGUGAGCAGUGAAGGAAAUGAUUUUUUGUUUGUACGUUGAUUGCCGUUGUUGAAUUAAUAUUUCUUUUUGUGUGUGAAUUGAAUAGUCAAGUGGUGGUCGUCUGGUGCUUUUCCGAAUCUUAAACUUAUUGCAUGCGAUAUAUUUUUAAUGCAGAUGAUUUUCAAUAAUAUCCUUGAGCACAUAGUGCAAUUCGUCUUCUUCGUGUGAUAUUCGAUUCGAUAGUGCCGGUCAAACAAAUCAGAGUCAACUUUUUUUUUGUCCAAAAUUGUUCGUUCGUUUAAAUAGUAUUUGUCAAAAUGUGCAGCAUGCGUAUCGAAGGUGCUAAUCCCAUAAUCCAUCUAAUGCAACGCCAGACUGGCAAUAAUAUCUUUCAUUUUCGUCGAAAUUUAUUCCGUGAACGUUUGGUCAACGCACGUAAUUUAUAUCGCCGCAAUUUGAGCGCACACUAUGGUUGUGUGAAUGCAAUUGAAUUUUCAAGCGCUGGAGAUCUUCUUGUAUCAGGUGGGGAUGAUCGUCGUGUACUCUUGUGGAAAUUGGAGGAAGCGAUGGCUGAUGUGGGUGCACCAAUGUCUAUGAAAAAUCAACAUUACAGCAAUAUUUUUUGUUUGGGCUUUAACAAUGAUAGCACAAAAAUAUUCUCGGGUGGAAACGACGAUGCUGUUAUUGUACACGAUACCAACACGUGUGAGCCAUAUGACGUAUUUUUACAUACAAAACCAGUUUAUGGACUUUCAGUUGAUGUUACAAAUGAUCAAAUUUUUGCAACAGCCGGCGAAGAUGGUCUUGUUUUGAUUUUUGAUUUACGCAUUGGAUCACAGGUGUUGACAAUGCCAAAAAGCCGUGGUUCAUUUCAUUCGGUUUCAUUUCAUCCAUUGAAUGGUAACUCAAUAGUCACUGCGAAUGUAAAAGAUGGAGCUGCCAUGUGGGAUUUGCGAGAAAGCAAAAAGCCAAUUAUUCGCUAUGACAGUGGAAAAGAGCCGCUUCAGAGUUGCAUGAGCGUACGUUUCAAUACAUAUGGAACACAAUUAUUGGCGCUACGACGUCGACUACCACCAAUUCUUUAUAACACCAAUUCGGAAGAUCCGAUUUGCCAAUUUUACCAUGCUGAUUAUUACAAUUCAUGCACUAUGAAAAGUUGCACGUUUGCAGGUGAAAACGAUGAAUAUGUGAUAUCUGGUUCGGAUGAUUUUAAUUUAUAUGUAUGGCGUGUUGCUGACGCAAAUUCGGAUAAAAAGAAUCAAUGGAUUGAUAAGCACCAUAUGGUACUAUACGGACAUCGAUCGAUUGUCAAUCAGGUUCGAUAUAAUCCACAAAAAUGUUUACUUGCGUCGUCUGGUGUGGAGAAAAUUGUGAAAAUAUGGCGGCCAUUCGAAGUGGCUGGUUGGACCGGCAGUUUGGUUGAAGAUGUCCCAUCGAAUAGUAGAGAGAUUUUUUCACAUGAAGAAUACGUUUCUUUGUUAAAUUCAAGUCAAAGUAUGACACAUGAUUAUAGCCAUCAAAGUACAGCCGAAGAUCCACGAAUGAUGGCAUUUUUUGAUACGCUGGUGCAACGUGAAAUCGAAGGUUGGAAUAGCAGCAAUAAUUCGGAUUCGGAAAAGAGCAGUGUUCAUAGUUCAGAUGAUACUUCACGUCGAACAUCCACAUUGCAAUCGGAAACGUUGCAAUCAGAAAGUGAUGAAACAUUUCAAGUAUAUGGCCGAGAAUCAGCCAAUCGAAAUCGUACAAUGAUUAAAUCAAGAUCGAGAUAUUUGAAUAGGAUAGCUUAUUUAAUUGCAACAAAACGUAAUACACUCAAACGCUUAGCUCUUAAAGGUGCAAGUCGUACAACUAGACGUGUACGAUCUGUUAAAAGUAAUCAUCGAAAAUUGCAUCGAUCAUCGUUACGGCAACCGCGCAAAAAUAUUGGAAAGCGCGUCAAUCGAAUGAAUUCACGGACCAAGUCAAGAGACUGUAAUGGUAAUAAUAGUGAGCGUCGUCAACAAUCACACAUUAAUAUACCAUCAUAUCGGGCCACGCGUCGUGUUAUUAAACCGCAAUUUCACAAAACUUUUUACGCCAAUUGUGAAUCGGGCGAUUCAUCAUCUUCCGAUGACGAAAAUCCAUCCGAUAAUAACAAUAGUUCAACGGCUGUUUCGAAAAUGAUUGGCAAUCAAGAGACGAGCAAUGUAACGGCACAACGAUCGAAUCAAAAUGAGCAUAACGAUUCGUCUGCAAGCUUUCCUAUACCAAGCACAAGUACUGGAAUAACUGGCAACGGUACAAAUUGGCGUGUAUAUGAGAUAGUUGAUUCAGAUGAUGAACCAACACCCGACAGUAGUCCCAUAUCACAAACGGUACAAGCGCCGGUAACAAAGAUGAAUGGUGUGCAUACAGAAAAUACAGCGCCCGCAUAUUCAUCGGGUGUGGAUGAUGAUCAACCAAAUGAACGAAAUUCGCGACGAAAACGUAAUCAUUCACUAACCACCGCCAAUUUUCACUUUACCAACUAUUCAAGCCAUUCAAGUUCACGAUUGUCAAAUAGUAGCAGCGAUGAUGAUGACACUUCAAGCGAUAACAGUUCAUUACCAUUUUUUGGAAAUCAUCUAAGCAAACGACCAAAACAAAGUGAUAAUAAUGAAGCAUCAGAUGUACCAAUAGUACACAUUGAUCGUACACCGAAUCGUUCGCGAGAUCCAAAAGACUGUGAACUUACAACGCCAGAAAGUGGCAUUGGCUCAACACCUGGCAGCAGCUCAACAUCUAGAUGAUCUUCAACGUAACGACAAUCAACUUUACAACAACUUGCGCUUCAUUCGAUAUUUCCAUUUAUUUUACAUACAUAUAUUAUAUUUUACUCAUUAUUAUUAUGUUUCGUUUAUUUUUGUCAUUUAUUUUCAGCAAAUCUAAAUCAUAAUGGCACUUCAAAUGGUAAAUUUGUGGAAAUUCUAAAGAAAAUUGACGAAUUCAUAAUAAGUAAAAGAAAACGAAUAACUGUAGAUGCAUACUUUAAUUAAGACACACGAUAAAUGAUUAUCUCAAAAUAUUGAAAGCAUUUGCGAAAAAAAAGGGGGAAAAGGAAGAGAAAACGAACGAUACAGAUAUGUUGCAAUGGAUAGAAAACUUUUCUUUAACGAAUUAAUGCAAAGCUAGUACAAUAAAUUGAAAGUAAAUCGAUAAAUAGAAAUAAUUACAUACAUAAUAUCAUUCGUGUGUAUGUGAGUAUAGAUUUACCAAGCACAUAACAUUAUUUCUUGAUGAUAUCAUAAAGUGAAUUUUUAUUUGUUUGUUUUGAAUAUAAAUUAUGAUUUUUUUUAAGCAAGAGAUGACAAUUAUACAAUUUUAGCAAUAUGAAUAAUUAGAAUCUUACUUACUUCAAUAAUAAACAUUUCAAGUGUGUAACACUUUUGCGUAUAAAAAA